GGAAACGCGAUAACACUUCGCGAAAGCCUCGUUUUCGAAGCCACGUUCGUGUCAAACCCGGCAGCUCUUCGCAGAGCUUGUACGCGGCCCGCCACGCGUAAGCCGCACCAUCCCAAACCGGCGCCCGUUUCAUCGUUAGUCGGGGGCAUAGCUUGAUGUCUGACAAUGCACUGCUCAUAUCCCGACCACUCAGAGGACUCGCAUCACCAUCAUGGCUACGUAUGCGGCUACGAUGGCCUUCGUUGUGGACCCUCUGACAUCUGCCAUGAAAGUGUCAGAACUUCAACACCAGCCCGUGCCGCCGAGGGGUUCUCAACCUGUUUCUGAUUUGGUUCUUCUAUCCUGCGGCUGUACUUUGUCCAAUUGCUCAACAGUCGCUUUGGUCAAAUCCUCAGAUUUGACGAACUUCGGCUACUCAGUUCCCAGGCAAAGGGGCCUUCCAGAUGAGUCCAUGCGUGAUGCUGACUCGUCCUGA